ACCGCCAACGAUGUUGCCAUACAUGUUGCGUACGUGGCGCAACAGCACCUGGACGGGUACGACGAAGCGGUAAGGCACGCUAUCAAGAGGAAGAAAGCGUUCGACAAGCGCGUACUGGGAUCACACGCGGGCGAACGUGUUUUCAAGCCGGGUGUCCUAGUCCAAGUAUACCGCAACGAUCUAGACUACACAUUCAAAUCCGAACGCAAGCUUCUUCCCAAAUGGUCAAGACCUUACCGGGUGGUACGUCGU